UGUUGAUCUAUAUACAAAUGCUGGAUCCUAUUAUACAAUAGGCUACCUUUUUAGAAGAUAUGAGACACACAGAUAAGAAAUGUGAUUCUUUAUUUUUAUAUCAAAGCAAAUUCAUCUGUAGUGUCUGUAUAUCAUGCAUGUUGUUGGUGAAUAGCAAAUCUAUAAAACCAUGUUAACUUUCAGUAAAGAUUAAAAAAUCUAAAAUACAAAUUAAGGCAUGUUGGCUAGUAGGCUUGUUUUGGACUCAUACAUUUGACAGAAAUUUUAAAGAAAAUUUAAAGAUUCUCCGCUCCAAACACUGCCACAGUUCACGCAGCGCUGCGCAGACGGAUCGGCGUAUGACAUCGAAGUACCGCGUUUUGAUUCGCUUUCGAGUCGUUCUCGCGGUACUUCGAUGUCACAAGCUGCGCAGCGCGCGCCGCAUGCAGUCGAACACGCCUCGAAAGAUGCUGUUGAGGGGUGGGGUCACAUGGAUGGGAUAAGAGAGGGGAGGGCUAGAUGACGGAGCGAUAGACAGUGGAAAGAUAAUUACGGUGUGAAAUAAUAUCGGAGCUAUGGUUUAUGAGCUGAAAUAAAGAGCAAGAGCCAGAAGAAAACGUCCUUUCUGUCCAUUCGAAAAUGAGGUACUAACAGGACCCAAGAUGUUCAUAAAUUAACAGGCUUCUUAAACAAUUUCCAAAAAAAGUGGCACAUAUAAAACUAUCCCACCAUGCACCCUUCCUCUCGCCCAUCCGUGCCCCCUCGUUCCCGAAGAUUUGACAAUAGGCACAUAGAGGCAAAACCAAGCCAAGGGACUAAGAAGGAGGACAAAAACAUGAACCCUGCAUCAUCUCGUCGUGGCACUCGGGGACCACCUGAGACUUCCAGGUUAAAGGGCCCCAGUCAAGGUCCACGAGCCCCAGUAGUUCAGCCCAAAUUGUUUCGUCCACAAAAGAUUGGUGCUCACGCAAUAUCAGCAAUCUCAAAACCAAAAAGUGGACACACUGUAUCAAAUAUUGCCCCAGCUGUGGAUCCAAACUGCAACGAGCCCAGCCUACCUUGUUUGUGUUGUGAUGGCCAUUCACCUCAGGAUAGUAACAGCCUUUUUAAUCACAACCAUAACAAUAAUAACACUGUAACCAUCAGGCAACAAAUGAAACUUCCACCACCUCCACCUCCUCACAAGGAUAAAUUGGCUAUUUUAAAACAUGAUGUCAAAGAAGAUGAGUGCAAGCCAGAAGUAAAGCAACCUCACGCCAUUCCAGUGGAGGAGAGAGAUGAAGAAAAUGGCAAUGUAGAUGCAAAAGAUGGAGAUGACCUCAAGAAAGGUGACAACAGUGUAAAUGUGAAUGGCAACAUUGAUGUGAAUGGAAACGGCAAUGGUGGUGAUGAUGACGAUGAUGAUGAAGAUGAUGAUACUCUUGUUCCUUCUUCUUGCAAUUGCCCAGAAUCCAUGCUGGACUUCUCUCUUACAUCUUCUACCUCAUCUUCUUCCACAUCCAUUAGCAGCUGUUCAGAUCUGGAGUGCGACUUCCCCGAUACAUUUUCAAUGUCAUCACAGGAUCAAGAGGUCCCUGAUCCGUCUUCUCAUUCCCCCGUCUCUCAUUGCCCUGCCUUUGAGACCAGUGUCUUACCAUUUGAUCACAACACUUCUGCAAGACCACCAUUUUCUCUUUGCUCGCCUGAUGAAGGCUAUCCCUCAGCCCCAUCCUCCCCCGGCUCUGACUACACAGACAGAAAGGCAUCAGAAGGAAAAUCUAUUAAAGUAAAUCUCCUUAAUUUUUUAGACUCAAUGGAAGAGUUAGGCAAAGUGGAUCUGUUCUACCGCAUUGUUCAUUUGGCACGUUGGGAACUGGACAAUGAGCUGAUUGUGAGAGAUAGGAUGGAUCACCAACAGAAGCUUCAGAGGGUCAACAAAGAAGUUAAAUUGGCUUAUCUUGUGAAACUUCAGGAAGAAGGAUUGGACCUUAAUAAUGAGGAUAUUCCCAGAGUUUUGGAUGAAAUAGAAAAUACUGACAUUCCAUGGAAAUUGUAUAAAAGCAACAAAUCGUGUGAUUCCCAGGAAUUUUCUGAUGCAGGGGUGGAUCUGACAGCCCCUUCUGACUUUGAUGAAACCCCUGUUCUUGAUUCUCUGGCUUCGUCACCACUGGAUCUUCUUCCCCCUCCCAGACCCCCAAAACCUCCAAAAAGGCAUGUAAGUGCCCAGCCAGAAUCUCACAUAUACACAAACAUCAGCGGACAUGUUUUCUCAGUCUUGUCCACCAAUGAAACUUCUAAUUUUUCAACAGUUGUGUCUGAUCCUACAUUGCCUACAUUGUCAUCUUCACCCCCAACCUCAAAACCACCUGCACUUCCUCCUCCUCCAUCACAGCCUGUGCCCUACUUUACUCUAAAUACAGACUCAUCCACUCUCAUCUCCCCCACACCACCCAUUCCACCUCCUAGAAGACGUCAUAAAGCCCGUCUAGAGGCCCAGAGGCUUGCUGAGCUUAAAGGAGAAAAGACCACCCAGUCCCUUCCACCUCCAAUUUCCAGACCUCCUCCACUGCCACCUCCACCUGCCUUGACCACACCUCCAGCUAUUCCACCUCCACCAUCGCUCCCACCCCCUCCAUCUUUUCAUGCAUUGGAUGUAGAAAUCCGAAAGUUGCUUGCACUGGCAGGUCUUACCCAAGCUGAGUUGCUUAAACUCAGUCCAGAGUUGGGAGUCUGCGUAGAUGUUGUUCUGGAGAAUGAGAAACAGUCAGCAUCCGAUAUCUCUGAGGUAGGAGAACUUAGAUUAAACAGUACACAAAAGGAGUUGGAUUCCAGAUUGAGAGAGGGAACUACAUUUGGGAAAGUCAGGUCCUCAAGUGCAAAGGAAUUAGAUGUGCUCAGUGAAGAGGAAGAUUCUAAAGAAGAGCAUAAAGAUGCACACAGAACAACAACCUUCACGGAAAUGGCAAGACGACGUAAGAGAAAUAGUGGAAACUGUAAUUAUAGCUGCAGUUGUACAUUUGGAUCUGAUCUUACUUUACCUUCCAACGCCUAUUACAGUACGGGACUUAGCAGUGCAGACAUUCCAGAUGUUAGCUUUGGGAAUUUUGAUUAUACUUCAGCAAUUUCUGACACCCCUCCUCCUCCGCCUCCAAGACCUUUGCCCCCUCGUCCACCAAUAGUCUCCAAUCCUCCUGAACUUCCCCGUCUCAAGCCAUGCACUGUACCUGCCAAUGCCUCUCGUCCAGAAAGAUUUGACUGGCUGAUAGCUUUCACCCCAGAUACAGAGUCUCCACCCCUUGAGAAGCAAAAACCAACCAAUGAUGACACGUUACAAAAAUCAACUUCAGGCUCAAAAGUCACAACCUUUAAAGAACUACGCAAUAGAAGCAAGCAGGGUUUACCACCAGCCCAUGUUCUAUCAGAACCUGAUCCAGCUGUAGUGACCCCAGAUCCAGAUUUUCUGUACAACCUGAAAUGGAGGAGAGGGAAGAUUGAUGGAGAUGGCUGGGAAUAUACUUCCCAAGCACAAGCCUCUUUUCUCCAGCCACCACCCACUCCUGCCUCAUUGUCACUUUUCAGGGAAAUGUGCCACCUGAAUAUACAAGACCGGCAGAGUCCAGCAGAACCCAAAGCUUUCCAACAAAUUGGAUGUUCAGUCAGUGAUGGCAGCCUAAGGACUAUUUGUGAUGAAAGAUAUAAAGAGGGUCAACCCAAAAAGAUGGAAGAUGGAGAGAAAGUGGAAGUUAGAGGAAUGGCAGAUGGAGCAUGGACCUUUGAAUCCAGGACAACAGCUGUUCGCAGCGUCUCAUUUGCUGGCUCUGAGCAGAAAAACGUGGCUUGGAUAGGAGAUGAUGCAAGGCCCCUAAUGGGAACUGAAGGGCUGUCUUCUGCGUGCCUGCAGGAAAAGAAAUCUCUUGUCAGUUCAGUCAGUGUGGCAGUGGAGGCCAUUUUGGCUCAGUUCAAGUCAUCUAGGACCCUUGUGCAGAAGUUUCACACAGUAGAUCCGGCUCUCUCUGGAGACAGCAGUGUAAAUCCCUCUCUGGGUCGCCUGGUACUGCAGUGCCUUUGCCCAGCCCUGCGCAGUCUGCUCUGUGAUGGACUCAAACCCCAUCAGAGUGACCUCAUUUCAGGCAGAAGGCCAAAUUCACCAUGGGGAUUGGUUUUAGCCUCCACCAAACCAGGCCCAAGCACACAGGCCUUGCACAACCUUCAGGCUAAAGUAGCGGGGCUUCCCCAGCUUAAGCAGAGCAGACACAGGUUCAACGCCUUCCUGUUUGGUCUUCUCAAUAACAAGCUUCUGGAUUACUGGUUUUCACAUCUGCACUCCUGCUGUGAUGUGUUGGAGACUUUUUAUCGGCCUUCGUCCUUCAUGCGUCUGUCACUCACUUCUUGUCAGCAUCUUUUUGAGGAGCUUCUUCUUCUGCUACAGCCUCUUUCUCUUCUGACCUUCAACCUCGAUCUGCUGUUUCAGCAUCACCACCUAGACCCCACCUCCCCGACUCUCACUCCAGCCAGUCACAGCUCCGACGUACGUAGUCCGCCAAAUGAAGACUUCAGCUUCUACUUGUCUCCAAAGGGGCUUUUCAAUGGCAGUGGCCAUCAUCUUGGAAGCGUAUUAGAGCAAGACCACAAGGCCUUGGAUUUACAAGGCCCUAAUUCCAAUCCAGGCCUCACAAGCCUGUCCAGUCAUGCUUUUGAUGUGUUUGAAGAUUCAGCCUAUCGCAAUCCUGUUUCAGGUGUCACCAAAGAAGAAGCCAGUCCUUCAUUAUCAUGGCUGAAGGGAAAUGAUAUUCCAAUGCAUUUUAGUAGUGAGAGUGGAGCGAGUCUUUCUCAGCAGGCAGGCCAGGCUUUUCAGCAAGGUUGGGGGGCGGUUAUGCGUUUGGGGGAGCGUUUGGGGCAAAACUUUGGUUUGGCCACCUCUAGCUCCUCAGAGGAUGUUAAAAGCCCCAAUUCACAAGAUGACUUGAAGACGGCCUUCCCACUGCAUCCGAAAAGUCAAUUUGAAAACGGACAGCAAGCAAGAGAGGAGCUUUCCUUGUGGGAUCGUGGGACAACUGUUCCUUGGAGCUUUGGAAGGCUUUUUGGAGCUUCUAAGAGCCCCAACAACCUACCAACAACAAUCAGACGGCCUUCGCAGUGGCUCUCACCUGGGGUCUCUGUUCUUAACCGCUUUGUGAUUCGUGGCCAGGAUCCUCCAUCUGAAAAGAGAGAGAGAAACACAGAUGAGGAAAAAGAUGAAAAUGAAAAUUGCAAGAAAACCAGAGAUCAACCGAAGCCCCCGAGGGUGAUCAGAACUCUGUGUGACUACACAGGCACUGGUGCAGAGCUGAGCUUCAGGAAAGGGGAGGAGCUUGUUCUGUUAGGAGGUGUGGACCAUGACUGGAUACAGUGUCGUCAAGGUGACAAAGAGGGCCUUGUUCCCAUUGGUUAUGCUUCACUUGUCAUGUGACUUAUACUUAUUUCCACUUGUAUGUUUGUGUGAAUAUCAGGGGAUAUAGACUUCUGAAUAAGGAAAAUGAAACCAUAUUAAGAUGUAGUAAUUCGUAGCAGUGUUAUGUGCUUAUUUGUUUAUCUAUGAGCCUUGUUGCCUGGUUUGUGAUGUCUGAAAUAUUUUCGGUGGUAUAUACAGACACUAUAAAUUACUGUAUAAAUGAUAAAUAAAUCGUUAUAUAUUUACCAUAGACUUUACUAAGAUAGAUAGACAGAUAAACAAGAAAUAGAAGUAGUGAAAUGAAAAGAAUCAUGUUAAAAAAAUUAAAUAAAACAAUAAUAUUGUAUUUAUUAUCAGGUGUUCUGCCAUAACAAAAUGCUUCCAAAAAAAGCGCUUAGCACAUAGUUAUCGAAAUACAAAAUAAUAUUUACAAAAUUAUAUUACAUUACAUUACAUCACAUCAAGUCUAUAAAUAAAUAUAACCAAUACUGGUACAGUUUGCACCACUUUUACUAUUAUACCAUAAGAUCAGCCGUAUUUUGGCUUAUUUUGGGGCUGUAUUAGACUAUUUUACUAAAAUUUGUUUAUUUUAUAAUCAAUGAUUUGGUGUUAUUAAAUAUUUUGAGCUAGUCAAUCCAAAAAAGUAAAAACAAUUAAAAUGAAUUCUUUAAAAUAAUUAUAUUUGCUAUCCUGUGUACACCAACAAUUAAUAAUAAAAGAAAGAUGAACACUUGAUUUUGCCUAAAUAUGCCCCAAAAAGAGCAAAAUCUUUCUUUUUUGAAAUAUCAGAUUGGUGUAGCUUUAUAUAAUUUCAUUAUAAGAAUUGUUGUAACUCUCAAUGGUAAUACGAGUCAAAUAUCUCAGAGCUGUAGUGUGUAGAUAAUAGUUUAACUUUUCUUUACAAUGUGAUGGUAAUGUGGUAAGAUCUGUAUCAUCAUGAGCUUGAUAGUGAUGACUAUGCAUAAUCUGUACUGUAAUAUUUAUGAGGUUUGUUGCUGGAGAAACCAUAUACUGUAUGAUUGAUAGCAUUAAUGAUUUUCUUUUGAAUGGAUAUUCUGUGUUGGUUAAAUACUUUGAAUCAGAGGUCUACAUAUAAAACCUGCAUGAAUGUGUAUGAAUGUGUCUUUAAAUUGUCACUUAAUCAUUAAUACAACUUUCCUUUUCAUUUGUGAGCAUGCAUAGGUACAUAACUCAAAAUAUUCACACUCUGUGCUAAGGAUAUGGGCUUGGAUUGUAGUAAGAAAGAUCUUUUUAAUAUGAGCUUGCUUCAUCUAUUAAAUGACACUGUAUUUUCCAAAAACAUGAAUGUGACUAUACAACAUUUGUGUCACACAACAGCAAUUUCAAAUCAAACGUAUCUUGACAUAAACAUUAAGGAAGAAACAGAGUAUGCACACUAGGCUGCUAUAUCGCACACUCAUUGACGGAUGAAACUGAAGCUGUCAGAGAUCUGGAGAAAGUUGUCAUGUUAAUGUGCUAGAUUGCAUGAAACACAGCUUUAUUCGCUAUACCACAUACUGAUAAACCUUCUGCUCUAUUGCAACCAAUAUCAGAAAGGCAGAUGGCUAUAAAAUAGCAGUAACUUCAGAAGAAAACAGAGCAUUCAUAGUAUGUUUAAUGUCUUAAAACUGAACCAAAAUAUUUUACUUCAUAGUUUUUUAUUACCUCAAGUACAGCAGGGGACAUUUGGUAUAUUGCCAUAAGGUACAGUGUAAGAUACAUCUAAAAACAUUUAAGACAGAAACUAAUUUUUAUAGAAUAAUUGCCUAAAAGCUUAAUGUCCCUGUUUUAAAAUGUAAGAAAUGUUUGAAAGUGCAAUGAUAGCAGCAACACUUUAAAAAAAAAGAUCUGUUGGUUUAACUAAAAAAAAUUACACUGAAUAUCUUAGGUUGCACAUGAUUGAAUUUAGUUUAAGUUUUAGUUUAGUUUUAAUUUUGAAGUUGUUGGAUCUACGUACUUUAAUUAUAUACACCAGUUUAACAUUGAUUGAGUCAAGUUUUCUUAAAAUGAAAAUAAUUUUUAUUACUGUUAAUUUAAUUUUAAGGAAACAUAAUUCAUGUGCAACCGAUGCCCAGAAGUUUUUUUUUCAGUGUAAGUAACCUGGUUGCCUUAAAUUAAAAUAUUAGUUGAAUCAAAAAAGUUGUGUAAAAAUUGUUGUGUCAACUAAUAUUUUUAAAUUUUUUUAAUUUUAAAGAAGCAAUUUGUAUAAUCUGCGCCGCUAGAGGGCGCCAGAUCAAAUCAAUAACAAUGACAUAGAUUAAUGACGCUCUGAAGCAGCGUAGACUGAUGGGAUUUGUUUGUCUUUAACUCAAACGCUGAUGGCCAUCAAUCAGACGGGAACGAGAAAUCAUGUUACACAUGAGGUAAAGUAAUCAAGUUUUAUAAAUGUUGUGUUUGAUGACAUCAUUUUUUUCAUUAUGUAAGGUUUCAUGUAAUGUUCAAAACGCAAUUGUUAGUUGUUAGUCAUAGAUGUUACAGUAUAAGUCCAAUACGAUGGUUUGUUAACAGAAUUAAGUGUUCAGAUGAACAAACUUACCAUAAAAAAGCGAGUGGCCCGACAGACGCUAUUACUUCCGCAUUUGUCCACGACACUGUUGUCAUGUGGUUUUUACGUCAGUAAAGGGUAACGUAGAUAUCCACGUCAUUUACAGGCGACUGCACUGCCCCGUGUCACUGUUUAGAAUGGCAAUUUACAAGUAGUUGAAAACAUUAUAGAUAUUGUUAGUAAUCAGCUGGACAAAAUAUAUAACACUGGACUAGUGGUUUUUGGAUAUUUUACUGCAAAUAUCUUACAAAUUGUACCUUUAAUGCAACCAGGUUAUUUACUUUUUUAAAGUUGAACCAGCUAUUUUUUUUGGUUAUAAUCUUACCUCACAGUGCAAACUGCAAUCAUAAAUGAUUAAGGAAUUUUUGUUAACUUAUUAUUUUCAUUAUUAUUUGAUAGCUGAUAAUAAAACCUAAUAGCGUUCAUUAAAAAUAAAUAUGUACAACCCAGUCUCUUUUUUAGGUUAACCACUUGGCAAAAUCAUUAGUGUGUGACCUGUACUCCCGCUGAAAUGUAUUUAAAAUAAUACACACAUUCUAGCAACAAAUUGAUUAAACUUAUAACCUACAGGUUUUUGACUAAAUAUAUUAUUUGUAAUGCAUUUGAUAUUAUUUAAAAUUGUUUGACUACUUGACUGGUUUCCAUUAAAGUCAUUAAAGUCUUAACAAAUUCAAAUGAUUAUGAGCUUGUUGUGGGACAGUGUGAAAUGUAGAUUUACAAUUGUGAGUAAACAUUUGACUUGACAUGUGAUUUGGAGAAAGAAAGAGUUGUUGCAUCAUAUAUAUAAAUAUACAGUAGUGCAUUGUUUGUGGUUAAUUAUAUAAAAUGGCCUGCUUUCUAUCUGUUCCUCUUGUCUAUCUCUCUAUCUAUCUCUUGUUGUGUGUGAGAAGACUUUUGUGUGGUUAUGAGUUGUGUAGCUCUAUGUGAUAUUGCCCAUUGCUGGUAGCACAUUUAAAGCAUAAUAUGUAAUGUACCACACUCCUGAGGUCUCUCAUUCCCUGUCAAACAGCUCUAUGCAUGUUGGUGUUUGUAAAUAAACCCAAUAAAACAUGAAAAAAAUG